AUGCCUCCAAAGCGAAAACGCAAGGCUGAGCCUGUGUCCAUAAAUAAAGAUAAACCCGCGACGAAAAAGCGACGAAAGACAAGGAAGAAAUGCCCUUCAAAAGUAGAUAGUUUUACUGAAGCAGAUCGUGAUGUGGACUACAAACAAAUAUUGCUCUCAACGAUGAGAGAUGAAGGGUAUGUUGUUUCGCUUUGUUCUUUUCUUGUUCGAUUUGAACAUAAUAUUUUUAGCAGUUCCGAGUUCGUUUACAUACACAGCAUUUAAUACAGCAACAUAUUUUUUACUAGUUAUGACGGAACACAUUUCAUCAGUCAACUUGAAAUUGGCGUCGAAGAUCGACUCAAGAAGCGGGGUAAACCUCCCAGAAUGGUACGAUAUUUCUUCUAUUGUGGAUGGGCACACGCACUGAUCGUAAGUAUUAAAGAAGAUUUCAUAGUUGAAUCUUUAGUUACCAAGCGUGCAUGGUCUUCACGCAACAAAAUUUUUGCUUGAUUCUAGAAAAAUGGAGUUGGUCCUGAUAAUAGCGAAUAUGCUUUUCCAAGAGAAGUCCUACAAUUCCUGAGAUACAUCGCACCAGGUGAUAUCAAGGGAGAGAUAAGAGAA